GCGAUUUCCGGCCCGAGGUCACUUCCGGCCUUCGGGCCGCUGACGCUCUCUUCCGGUCUCGGUGGCCCACCGAAAGGCCUGUGGGAUGCGCACGAUGAGGCUGCUGGCGUCCGUGCUGUUGGCCCUCUGUGCUGUCAGUCAUGCGGAGGAAGGAGCGCGGCUGCUGGCCUCCAAGUCGCUGCUGAACAGAUACGCCGUGGAGGGGCGAGACCUGACCUUGCAGUACAACAUCUACAACGUCGGCUCCAGCGCUGCGUUGGAUGUGGAGUUGUCUGAUGAUUCCUUCCCUCCCGAGGACUUCGGCAUUGUCUCCGGAAUGCUCAAUGUCAAGUGGGACCGGAUUGCCCCCGCUAGCAACGUCUCCCACACCGUGGUCCUGCGCCCGCUCAAGGCCGGCUAUUUCAACUUUACCUCGGCCACUGUGACCUACCUGGCCCAGGAGGACGGGCCCGUCGUGAUCGGCUUCAGCAGCGCCCCCGGACAGGGAGGAAUCCUGGCCCAGCGCGAGUUUGAUAGGAGGUUCUCCCCGCAUUUCCUGGACUGGGCCGCCUUCGGGGUCAUGACGCUGCCCUCCAUCGGCGUCCCCCUGCUGCUGUGGUACUCCAGCAAGAGGAAGUACGACACUCCCAAGACCAAGAAGAACUGAGGCCUUCCUCGGGCCGCCCUGCCAGGGGGUCCGGGGGCUUUCCAGGCGCCGGAGGGUCUCUCGAGUGCAGCCUCUUGGCCCCCAGCCCUGCCACCUUCUGGAUCCUGCCUGCUCGACCAGAGUGCGGGACCGGGCCGCAGGUCUGUGACAGCCGCCUCGCUCCGUCCCGACGCCAUGUGGCGGGAACGCCUCGGGCAGGGAGCCUUGAGGGCCCUCGGUGCCCCUGCGGGCCGCGGUGUGAACUCUGAGGGGCGCAGGAGGGGGCACCCCGGAGACUGCCUCGACCUCCUUCCCCUACCCGCCCCUCUCGGAAGAGGCAGGAAGAUCGGACGAGGGCUGAGGGACACUCUGAGGCUCCCCAGUCUCUGUUCUGGGUCGGGGGGCGCUGACCAAGUGGGGUUUUCUAAUAAAAACAUGCCACGCUGA